UUGGUCUCAUUUUUAUAAACCCAUUUGAAUUAUAGUACUUAUUUACAUUUGCAUAUAUUUAUUAGAUGGUGAAGUUUCAAGAUCUAAAGAGGUAUAGAAGUUUUUUCAUCCAUUGUAUUCUUUGUAUUUUUCAUCCAAUAUAUUUUCUGUGAAUGAGCUGCUGAAAAUCAACAAGAGUGACUAAGUGGAUGUAGACAUGCUUUUGGUGGAACCAACUUCAAUACUAAGUGGAUCUUAUUUCUCUCAAUACUUUUCUAAACCCAAUAUGGAAUUUUGUUCUUCCCAACUCCUAACAAUAAAAAUAUUGGAGAGGGUGUUGGUUUUAGCUAAAAACUAGGUCAGUCCACCCUCUACUACCUAUCUUAACAUUUGAGAAGAUUAUUAUUAUAACUAUUGUAGAGAAAGAAUAUCAGUGUUAGGUGUAACUUCACCACCGACUGAAAUGUUUUUCUUUUCCUAACUUAAAUAACUAAAAAAACUAAAACGAGAAUUUUAAAACAUAAUUAAGUAAGAUAUAAUUGAAACCGAAUCCUAAAAUUGGUACACGUUUAUAUACUUUACCCUAGACUUGAAAGUAUAUUGGAAUUACUUGGAGAGUUGGAAUAUAAUCAGAAUUACUGAAAAUUAAAAAAUCGUUCGAAAAGUGUGAGCAAUCGAAAACGGAACGAAAAUGAAAUCGUCAAAUGUGAAAACAUCGAAAAAGAUGGUCGGUUGAAACAAAAUGAGCUAGAUCAUGUUACAAAUCUGGACAUAUAAUUACAUUACAUAAGUUUUGUUAUUACACUACAUUACAAUACGGACAUAUAAUUACAUUUAAUUAUAAAAUAUUUGAGUCUAAUCCUCUAUUAUUGCAAAUAUAGUAAUUAAAUUUAAAAUAUUAAGACAUAUAAACAUUUUAAAAUAAAUAUAGCAAAAUAUGCUAAAGUGCGUUUAGAAGUCUUGAUAGAACAUGAGAGUCUAUUAACGAUAGAAGUCUAUCACCGAUAAACUCUAUUAUAUUUAUAAAUUUUAAAAAAUGUUGCAAUAUAUUUAAUUAUUAUUCCUAAAAUUGCUACCCAAUAUAGUUGAUCAAAUAACUUUAAAGCACAUCUAUUUUUUGUCCAUAAAAGUUUUAAAUAAGACUUAUGUUAAUCUCUAACUUAUUAACUUGUAAAAAGAAAAUAGAUUUUAUCUCUAUUUUUAAGAAAAUUAACAAAAGUAGUGCAUUUUUAGUUUUUGAUUUCAAAAGUAGCUCAUUUUUAAAAAAAAACUCUCAAAAUUGUUUUUCUCGAUCCAUCUCGGACAAAAUUGACCACCAAGAUUUUCUAAAAUAUUUAAAGAAAUUCAACUUAUCAAUUAUUUUGGUUGUUUUUUUGUUUUCCCGGUGCAUGCAUUAGACCGAGAUUCUACUUUUUUUUUUUUCAAAUGUUCCCAAAUCUUUUUUAUUUUUUUAAAUCUUUUUAAAAAAAAUAUUCAAACAAAUCUUACACCAAAGCUUAAUUAAUAUUUUUUAUCUUUUCAAAGAAAUUAUGGAUCUCGAUUGAUCUGGGUAAAAUUGUACUGAGAAAGCCUAUAAAAUUGAUAAUUUUGGACUUUAUCGGUAUAAUUUUAUCCGGAAUGAACCGAAAUCAACCAAAUCUUUUACCCAACCCUUGUCAAAUUUUAUAUUAUAAUCUUCCUAAAUUUUUAUAUAAAAUGGUUGUUGUAAAUAAGAUUUCUAUGAUAAUUUUGUUAACAUAAUUAUGGAACACAUAAAUUAGUUUAAAUACUUUGAGAAAUUGUAUAAAAAAAUCAGUAUAAACAAAUUAGAUCAGGAUAAAAUUAUUUAAGAUUCGGUGCAAGAUUGAGAAAAAUUCUAGAAAAAAUUCGUUAUUUAUAAAUUUAAAAAUUUCGCAUUAAUUUAUGUUUACAAAUUUCACGAAUAAAAAAAAAAUUCACGAAUGUAAAAAGUUAGUUAAGAUUUGGGAAGAUUUGAAAAUUUGUUAAUUAAUCUCGGUCUAUAUUAUCAAGAAGCACCGAAAGACCCAAACACAAUCGAUAAGUUGAAAAACUUUUAAUAUUUAAGAGAAAUCUUGAUGUCGAGUUUGGCAUAGACGUCUAAAAAAAAUAAUUUUACGAGUUUCAAAAAAUGUGCUUGUUCACCCAAGAUUUCAAGAGAAAUAUGAUUCGUGGAAUUGAACUUUGUAUAUUGAUUUGGUGUCGUGGAUACAGUCUUUAAUAUUUACUCUUUUGAUACUUUCUCUUAAAUACAAAUUAAGACUUAGAAGUUUUUUAUCUUCAAUUUUGAUCAAGAAAUUGUAGUUUUAAGUCAGGAGAUGAUGCACGUCUUAAGAGCUUUUUAAAGUUUGUCGUUAAUUCUUCAUAACUUCAAUUUUUCCUUAAACCAAAAGUUCUCAAAAUGAACGGAAAGGUCUCUAUUUAUAGAGAUUUUUUAUGGACUUUAGGUUGAUUGGAGCCUAUUUGCUUGUUGAGUUUGGGCUUAAGCACAUUUAUCCAGCAGCAUGGGCUUGGGCUUAUUUGCUUAAUGAGCUUAGGCUCGAACCCACUUGUUUGGCGAGUUUGAGUCUAUUAUUUCUUAGUCUUGGGUUGGAUAUGAGAAAAUUUGAAUACCCAAAUCUAAUCAAAUUAUAAUCAUUACAAUUUUAUUAUAAUAACGUAGUACGAUUUAAUUGGUCAAAAUUUAUUAUUUAACGAUGCUACUUUUAAAAAUAAAAACUCUCUUUGUGACAAUUUCCCCCAUUUUUAUUGUUCAAUUAUUUAAUACACAGAUUAUGUGGGCCUCGAACGAGUGUGUUGUCAUGUGUGUUGUUCUAAUUGGCAAAGGAAGGUGAUCAAUUACAAGUUAGAAUGAGAAUGCAUAUAUUGAAUUUUGUGGUUGUAUCGUUGAGUGGGCCCCAUGUUGGGUAGAAGUUUAUAAUUAUUUAUUAAUUUACAAUUAAUUUAAUAGGAUUUAACUUAUAUAACAUAUUUAAGAUGAAAAUAAAAACAAGUAAAAUUAUCAAAUAAAUAAUACAUAAAAUAUAUUAAAAAUAUUCAUCGACCAAAAAAUGGAAGUGUUUGAUGAUUCCACAUAAUGUUUCUCACAUUUGUCUUUGAAAAAUGUGAGUUGAUUGGUUAAUUUUCAUAAAUAUAACAAACCACUAAAAUAUUUAUCGUCCAUGUAACAAAAUUUCGUGAAGUUAGUUAUUUUUAAAUAUUUUAGGUUUAUCUUUCUUCUCCUAUUCGCUGCGAUUUUUCUCUAUCGUUUUUCUUCUUUUCUCCUUCUUUUCAUUUCAUUGCGAUUUCUUUCUAUCGUCUUUCUUUUUUUCCUUUUUUUUUCCAUUGCGAUUUCUUUUUAUCGUCUUUCUUCUUUUCCUUUUCAUUUUUUACGUCGUUUAAAAUAAGCAUCUUUCAUUGGACACCUUAAUUGGUUUCUUCCUUUUAAUUAAAAUUGUUUGAUGUUGACUCAUAUAUUGGUUGUUUUGGAAGUGAGUUCCUUCUGUGGCUUCAAAACCAAAAAUCAUUGUGUGGUUUAUUUUUGUCCAAUAAUAUGAGUAUCUCAAGUGCUAUACCAACAUGGUUGGCAUCACAAAAUCUCACCACUUUGGAUCUUUCCCACAACAAAAUGACAAGCUUGCUUUUUACCACAAUAUUGUAGAUCAAAUGCCCAAUUUGGACAUGUUAUUUCUUAAUGAUAAUCUUAUCAAUGAUUCUUUAUUACCAUCACUAUGCCAAUUGAAAAAUCUGUACCUUUUGGAUCUUUCAACUAAUAGGUUAAUUGGAGUUGUUCAAGGUUGUUUGUUGACUCCAAAUUUACAUUAUUUGGAAUUGUCCUCAAACAAUUUUUUUGGGACCUUUCCAUAUUCACAGGAUGAUCUCACUUAUAUUGAACAACUAUACUUGAGGAACAAUAAUUUUGAGGGGUAUAUGCCAAUUGUAUUGAAGAAUUCUCGAAGUUUGGAUACAUUAGAUCUUGAAGGAAACAAGUUCUCUGGAAAUAUCCCCACAUGGGUAGGCAAUAAUCUUGGAAGUUUGCAAUUAUUAAUACUACGAGGUAAUUUGUUCAAUGACACUAUUCCUUCAACUCUCUGCAAACUCAUUAAAUUGAAGAUAUUGGACCUUGCACACAAUCAAUUAGAAGGAGGUAUCCCACCAAAUCUUAGCAACUUUGAUGUAAUGACAAGAAAACAUUCUACAGAUCAUCAUGACUACUACUAUGAAUAUUUAGAUGGUGAAAUGUGCUAUCAUGGUGAAAAAUAUGUAGUACAAUGCACCAAAUCAAGUGAGUUAAAUUACUCCACGAAACAACUAAAAACAUUUUUGGUAAAUAUAGACCUCUCCAAAAAUCAUUUGGUUGGUUCCAUUCCAUGUGAGAUUAUUAUGCUUAAAGGAUUAUUUGGAUUGAAUUUGUCCUAUAAUAAUUUAGUCAGGUCAAUUCUUACUAAAAUAGGAAAAAUUGAGGUGCUAGAAUCACUCGGCUUGUCUUUCAACCAAUUUUCUAGACCAAUUUCAAGGAGUAUCAAAACUAAUUUCAUUAGGCGUGUUGAUGUUAUCUCACAACAAUCAAUAUCUAUGCGGAGAUCCACUUCCAACAAAAUGUGCAAUUGAGAAUUCAUCCGAGCCACAAUUAAAAGUUGUGGGAAGUUUAAGCUUGAACAAGAGUUGGAGAUAUAAAUAUUUCAAGUUUGUGGAUGAGGCUUAUUACCAAGCUUCAUGCAACUGAGCAUAGAAUGGCUUAAAGGAAUCUGCAUUCGCAAAUGAUCAGUUAGAUUUAAUUGGAAGCUGAACUGGGAAUUUGUCCAACUAAGUGCAAUCGAAUUCAACCUUGACUUUGGGUAAGUUAAAUCAACUGGAUUUUGGAUCCUUGAUCUACUGCGAGUUAAGUUAUUGAACUUAAUAAAUUGCCUUUACUGUUUAUGAUUUAUUAUAUGGAAGCUUGACCUUGCUGUCAGGAUUACAUUUGGUUAAGCUAAUCUCCAGGCAAAGGUAGAGGUAAGAGCAGAGGAAAGCUGGUGAAUGACAAGAAGUGACUGUGGCAUGCCAUAGAGGACCACUUUUGCUUCCGCCUUACGUUAUUCGUUUUGAUUUCAGUAUUUAUGCACUUUUAUUUAUUUUACUCUUUUAAAACUAGAUAGGGCUCGAGUUAAGAACUUACUUUUGGAUUUAUUUCCACUUACUUUAGUUAUUUGUUAUUUUAAUGAAUAUUUGAGUUUUUAAAUUACGAAAAGUUGAUAUUUUCUAUUUUAAUUGAAGUAUUUUUAUGUUCAUUUAAGUAGUAACGACAUCAGCUUAGUAUAAAAAAUUGGAUCGCUACAGUUGGUAUCAGAGCCUAAGUUUUAGGUUCUGCAGACUGAUUUACGAUGUAAGUUUUUAUUUUUGUUUUUACCCUAUGGCUAAUACGGUCAUUUGUCACUCGCGAGGUAUAUUUUAUGAUUUGUGAUAAUGUUAUGAUUGCAUUAUGAAAACUUCUGCAGGUGGAAUUUAGGAAAAAUGCCGCCACGUAGAGGUGCACGCAGACGUGGUAGGGGAGGCAAAGGAGUUGGACAUAUCUAGCCUGAAGAGCAACCUGUUGUACAAGCUGCAAACCCUACUGCAGCCAUCACUCAAGCAGACCUCGUUGCUUGGAGAAGAGGUACCAAGAUAUGCUAAGAGAUGAUUGGCAUCGUUGCAUGCUGCCUAACAAACCCAGCCAGCCCCUGCUCAGACUCUAGUGGAACCCCAGCCGUGUCAGACCGACUAUCAGCAGAGGCGAAGCAUCUGAGAGACUUUAGGAAGUAUAACCUCAUGACGUUUGACAGGUCCAUAGAUGACCCCACCAAGGCCCAGAUGUGGUUGACUUCUAUAGAGACCAUAUUUCGGUACAUGAAGUGCCUUAAUGGCCAGAAAUUUCAGUGCGUAUUCUUCUUCCUGGAAGAUAGAGGUACCGCUUGGUGGGAGACUGCUGAGAGGAUGUUGGGUGGUGAUGUCAACCAAAUAACCUAGGAGCAGUUCAAGGAGAGCUUCUAUGCAAAAUUCUUCUCUACCAACCUAAGCUAUGCUAAGCAGCAAGAAUUCUUGAACCUCGAGCAAGGCAACAUGACUGUGGAGCAGUAUGACGCAGAGUUUGAUAUGCUAUCCCGUUUUGCUCCCGAUGUAGUAAAGGAUGAGGCUGCCAGGAUCGAGAAGUUCGUUAGAGGUCUCAGACUAGACCUACAAGGUUUCGUUCAAGCCUUCAGGCCAACCACCCAUGUUAAUGCACUACGCCUGGCAGUGGAUAUGAGUUGGCAUGAGAGAGCUAACUCGUCCAAGGCUGUAGGAAGAGGGUCAACCCCAGGUUAGAAGAGGAAGGCUGAGUUGCGGCCUACUAUAGCGCCAUAGAGGAAUCUGAGGUCCGGAGUUGUUUUCCAGUGGCAUCGCCAAGAGCUUACUGCUACAGGAAAGACUUUGACAGAGCUACCUGUCUGUCGUAGUUGUGGGAGAUCUCAUAGAGGACGUUGCUUAGCAGGAAGUGGAGUUUGUUACAAGUGCAAGCAACCAGGGAAUAUAGUUGACUUUUGUCCUCAGAAACUGCUUGAGACUACUUCGAACCAGACUCCUACUCCCCAGCAGGGAAGAGUAUUUUCCAUUACUCGUCAGGAGGCCGAGCAAGCUGGUACUGUGGCGACAGGUAUGCUCCCAAUCUUGGGGCACUUCACAUUUGUGUUGUUUGACUCUGGGUAAUCUCAUUCUUUCAUGUCUUCAGUUUUUGUUCGGCAUAUGUGUUUAGAAGUAUAACCUUUGGGUAGUAUACUAUUUGUUUCUACUCCAUCGGGAGAAGUUAUGUUAUCUAAAAGAAAGAUAAAAGCAUGUCAGGUAGAGAUAGCGAACCAUUUGUUAGAUGUAACCUUGCUAGUUUUAGACAUGAGAGAUUUUGAUGUAAUCUUAGGUAUGGAUUGGCUAUCUACCAACCAUGCAAGUAUAGACUGUUUUCGCAAUGAGGUAGUUUUUAACCCUUGUUCAGCAGCUAGUUUCAAGUUUAAGGAGGCAGGGACUAUGGUCCUACCUAAAGUUAUUUCAACUAUGAAAGUCGGUAAGGUACUCAACCAAGAAAAUUACAAUAUAUCUCGCCUAAAUUUGCCUAUAAAAAGGUCUCCAUCUUCACCAAGUAAAGGGGGCCCAAAUAGGCCAAGAACAUCAGUUAUGUGAAGAGCCAAAUGUUUGUGUAAAUCGACCAAAAACUAGAGAGUGGUGGAAAGGAAUAGCUUUUCCACCGUUUAUAAAGCAUUUCUUCAUCUUCUCUGGUCAACCAAUGAAUGAAAGCUUAAGGUAUGAGUGAAGAAGAUCUCAUUCCCCAUCUCCCCUAACUUAUAAUGUCAUUUCUAUUCUUUCCAUCUUUUUAUUUCAUUAUAAUGUUUUUGUUCAUAUUGUACAGUGGCCUAAGGCUUAUAUUCUUUAAUACAUUUCAUAUUUAUACAUUUUCAAUCUAUCAUAUCUUUAUUGUUCACCUGUCCUUGUGCUAUUUGUAGUUUAAGAUCUAUGAUAAGUUCUUGAUAAGAAGGUUAGCUUUCUCACGUUAGUUGAGCUAUAGUCAUCACUUGGCUAGUGUUUAUCGCCAAGUGCCCGAGAGGGCAAGUAGCAAGGAUAUGGCUAACGCGCGCAAGUAGAAGUUUGGAGACAAACUCUACCUUGACAAGAUAACUUCCAUCAUUUGUGUCCCAAAAGGAGAACAAGUAUGGGUAUAUGGCGCCGAGAGAUUGUCACCCUUAAAAGAGAAGCUCUAUAAGUCUUUUAACUGAAACAUUCUAGAUAUAUCUUGUUUAAAUAAGCUUAGUCAUUUGGAUCUCGAGAGGUGAGCAAGUGUGGCAUUUAAAGACACCAAGAGGUGCUCGCCUUAAUCACAAGCUAGUUAAUUGAGUUAUAUCGCAUCAAGGUUCUUUGAUUACUUAUUCGACUAGUAAUACAUAAACUUUCUUUCACCCCUUCUUUUA